UUUUUUAAAAACUGAGAGCGAACUUGCGCGUGUGCUCUGUUAGUUGCGUUGCUCUGUGGAACAAUCCGCUGUGGAAUAAUAUAAACACGAGCUUUGAAAAAAUGUUAUAGAUGAUACGCGAAUAGUGCCGUUUUGGAUUUCUUCCUCGUACUUCAACUUACAAGAAAAACUGAUUAAAUGAUAUCUGCUAAGGAAAAAUGCGGAGCAACUCAUGAAGGUAUACCAUGCUUUUGAGGCUCAUGGCACUAGUUACUGCUGUAGUGCACAUGGCUUCAGCUCAAAAUGGGAGAGACAACGUUCUUCGCCAGGGAGACUCAGGAGACACCCAGAGUGUCAUCGUCACUGCCAGAACACGAGCUUUUCUUUCCUGCGAAAGUGGCGACAUCGUGGUGAAAGUGAACUUCACGCAACCCUUUCGAGGCCUUAUGUACGCCUACCGCUCCCGGAACUCCCCUUGUAGAGUUCAUGGCACCGGCGGAUACUACUACGAGCUUAGAAUACCUCUUAAAGGAUGCGGCACUUGGCAGGAAUCCCCUCGGGUGUUCGUGAACAACAUCACCAUUCGUUUCCAUCCUGCUCUGGAGCUGGAGGAAGACGAAACCAAGACUGUCGUCUGUCGGUACCCGCCACCCCUCACUCAGUCCCCCGGAGGCAUAAACGUGGUGGAGACCACUCAUGUGACGCCCACCCCCAUCCCGACUCGCAUCUCCACCGCCCGACUCUCCGAGGUCGAGAUCCUCAUCAUCAUCUGCCUCCUCCUCUUCCUCUCGCUCCUCACCCUAGGCAUAGGCAUCGCCUAUUUCUGUCUCAAGAGACGGAAUAUUCGCAUCGUCCGGAAGACGGCCCUCUCCUCGGCCCCGCCCUCCCAGAUUACCAGGCUGAGCAGCUCGAAUCUCCAACCGUCCUCGCUUCUGUCCUCUGUUCUCGGUCACACCGUCCGCAUCCCUAGGGCGGUGCCCUACUCAGCCCCUGCAGUAAGAUCCGUCCUCUCAUCACCGGACCACCACCAGUACGAAGAAUCCUCCGCCACAGAGACCACCAGUGGAGAAGUAUCGGAGACGUCAAUGUCCAGCUCAUCACUGGCUGAGGACCACCUGGAUUCUACAAGAAACCUUCUCUAUCAAAAGGGCGGACCCAGAUCAAUACUUUCCAUACCAAAAGCAAUUCUGAGGAAAGCAGGCUCUAGAGGAUGGCGUACCGAGCCUUCUGUCCAUCAGCUAGAGGCCAAGCCAGAUGCGGCGGCCACUACAUCCAUCAAAAGGUUGGAGAUGGAGGACCAAACAGUGACCACGAUGCUGGAAUCUGAAAAUCACGCCGAUGAAGAAACGUACCGGACACUGAAAGACAGAGGCACUGAAAACUUGGUUCAGGACGAUAAAAAACGGACGUCUGUUGCAUUUUCUGAUAAGGUUGCAGCCCCUGUCUAUGCUCAAGUAGACAAGAACAAGAAAAAAACAGUCGCAUCAACUAGCACCACUAAGCAGCAAAACUCGAUGAAAACGGAGGUCCCUAAGUGGUCUGAGGCGUCUUCAGUUCCAGGUUCUGCAAAAAGGCAGCUGCAGGUGGUGACCGAGAUUCCCGAGAAGAGGAAGACAUCCGAAGAAAUCACCAAGAACACGACGGUCACAACUUCGAUGCGGCGAGAGGUGAAAGAGACGAGGAUCGUGUCCCCGGCUCUGGACAAAUUCCGAAAAGAGGUUAUGGAAGAAAUGGAUUACGGAAAAGGUGGUAGAAAUGAAUCCACUUUAGAUUUGCCAACCAUACAGGAGAAUUCAGAGGAAUCUUCUCUGGAGCAGACACCCCAAGGAUUAAACGUACAGAAAGCACCCAAGAGCAUCCUAAUCCGUGAUGUUUCGGACAUUUACUUAACUACCACUGUCGAGACUGAACUGCAUGAGCUCACGACCAAGGUGUCCAGGGACAUCGUGGAACAGCAUGCGAGGUCAGCUGAAGAGCCCCCGAAAGCAAUCGCUACGGAGAAGCCGCUCACAGAAACAAACAAUUGGAAUGUGGUCAUCCGGCAAAGGGCGCCUUAUGUUCCAGCAACAUCUGAAACGGAUGUGGAUGCCAGCGGUGAGAGCAAUGGAGAGAGUACGGACGAACCAGGAUCUGUUGCGAAACCCCACUUUGACGUCAAAAUUAGGACCAUCCCUGCGGAAGAACUUCAGCCAAAAAAAUCCGAAGCGUUAGUUACCAUCCCAACCCUGGAGAUGCCCCAAACUGUCGCCAAAUUAAAAGAAGCCCUGACGCCAAAAACGGCAGCCCCCGAACCUUCAGAUGAAAAUAGAAAAGAAUCUAUAGAAGAGAUGGAAGAUGGCAAAGAGAAAUCCAGAAGUGUCAGGUGGCUGGACGACACCACAGACCCCCACCUCGAAGGCAGUUCCACCGUCAGCAGUUCGGACAGCUUCCAGUCCGCUGCAAGCCUCCGAGAGCGCUCCUCUUCGGAGGUUCUGGAAGUCGCUCCUACUCUGCCAAGCCAGGUUCGAGCGGCCAGGCGGCCCACCAUGCUGGAGAGGUCGACCUCAGAAAUUGAGGAAAAUGUGCACUGGGUCGGAGGAGUCGUGCCCGUGCUGGAAUCCCUGUCGCCAGAAUUCCUCGCCAACAUUCCUGUCGUAGCGCAAGGUGGUUUCUUCAACAAGCAGAGAUCUGCAACUCCGACUGCCAAAGACGACUCCAAAUGAGCCCUCCCGUGAUCAUUCAUUUUCAGAUGGUUAACAUGUUUACUUUCUCAGUAUUAUGCAGUGACUGCCUGAAGGUCUUUUAAUGACGAAGAUUAAGCCGAAGCGUACACUAGACGCAUGCUCCUACUAGUAAAAGGAAAUUUUUAUUGAAAAAAAUGCGUACAAGAGACUGUUGACUAUCCGGCUUGCAAUUCUCCAGCCUAAUUAAAAAAGAAUUCUCCUUCACAAAAUGAAGAAUCCUUUUUUUUUUAAAGAAUUAUGACAACGCUUCGCUUUAAUAAUUCGGUUGUUUUAAAAGUACAUGAAUCCAUGCUGUAUAAUAUACAUAAUUUAAAUUAGACAUUAUACAAUUUAUCUUAAAAAUGAUUGCAAUAUUUUUUUUCUUUUCUUUUCUUUUUUCCAUAGUAAAUUUUUAAACGUAUUAUUCAGUAUUUAUUAGGAACAUUUUUGAAGACUUCUUCUGAACUAAGAGAUUAGAAAAGAAGAAAAACGAAAAAGUUUUUGGAAAAAAAUAGCAGUUUUUAAAGAUAUUGGUAGAGUGGGAAGUGAACAUUUAUGGAAAUUCCAGCCUUUCCACGUUGCUUUUUUUUAAAUCCGUCCUGGCUUUCCACUACAUGAAUCCGGAUAGUUCAAUAUCUAUUGAUACACUUAACAUAGCAAAUUUUUAACAUGAACAAAUGAUAGUCGAUCAUAUUAAGUGCAAUUUUCUUUCUUUUUUUUUUUUAUUAAAGAGUUUAUUUUUACGCAAAUCAAAUACAUCAAUAAGCUUUUGCUCACAAGACAUCGUGUAAUAACAUUUUUUUGGUGAUGGGGAACUAAGAAAUUAUUUGUUUUUAUGAAAGCGUCACGCACGCACACAAAAGAAACGACUAUUUCCUUUUAUUAAACGACAAGAUUUAAUAGUUUGUAGUAUUUGAUUUGAGCAGGCCUGUGUUUAAUAGUGAAUCCCAGUUACUGAAAUAAAUAAAACAGUUUUUAUUUGAAGCUACUUAAAAGGUCUAUAAAAACACAUGCCAUUAUAAGAAUUAAAAAAAAAAUGCUUAUAAAUUUAGUCAUCUAAAACAAACAAUAUACAUUACUUUUAAUAUUUAUCAUUUAAAAAAGAAUUCGCAACGUUUGAAAAUAUAAUGAAUCAAUAUUAUGUUCGAUUUUAUCAUUCUUAACGGUAGAAUCUUCAUUCGCAUUACAUAUCCUUGAAAUCUGUAGAAUAUUGGGAUUAUCUGCGUUAAAUUAAAUUAUCUAUUUUUUUUUAACUCACUAAUUUCUAUUUGCAAAGUUUUAUUAUUCUGUAAAAUGAUGAAUUUUUUUUAAAGUCUGUCAUUACAUUGCAUAUAAAAGUGCGAAUAUAUGAGUCUGAAUAAGUUUUUUUCUAAUUGUUGUAUUAGUAAUUAAGUGAUACAAGUCUUUUAUUUCCGUCAGUUGCAUAUAAAACCGAUUUAUCAAAUAUUCUAUUGAAAAUAGUGCAGCGUUCUCUUAAUUAUCACGAAAAAAAUUGUAAAAUUAUAAAAUCGCUGAAUUUUAUUGAAAAUCGAUGGACCAAAAAUUCUUACAACGUCAACUUUUGAUAAAAAUUAUCACUUUAGAACUUUACCAUCGCUACUGAAAAUUGUUUUAUCUGUUUCGAAAUUCAUCAAUAUUUUAUAAUGAUGCGUUUUAUACACACUGCCUGUUAUCAACACAACAAUGCAUAAUCACUGCAAUGGAUCUUAGCAUAUUUUUAAAUUUGUUUUUUAUGUAUUAAAACAUUUUUUUCUUUUAACCAACCAAUCCAAAUCUUAAAAUAUGGUGUGGCCAUGAAAUAACUUUCAGUGUUUGGAGGCUUUGCAGCUGAAACUAAUAAAUGGAAUGAAACUAAGUUCCUUCUACAAUUCGUAAAAAAUAUUACAAAAAAAAAAAAAAAAAAAUUCUGUGAAUUUCAUACUGUAUGCCAUUUAAUUCUAUAUGUGCAACGUUUAUUUCUCGAACGUUAAUAAAAUUUCGCACAACACAUUGUUCGUGUGUUAGUACAAUUAGAGACUUAUCUUCCAUUCCAACAGUGUCUAACUCUCCCCUAUGGGUGAUUCCCCCCCCCCCCCCAUGCCUACCACAGUGUAUUUGUGAAAUUUGGCUUCAUUUUGUUCAAUAGUUUUAGCUGCAGAAGACUUGAAAUUGAGAAUGUUAUUUUAUUUUCGUCCUGUAUUUUAUCAUACCAUGAUCAUCAAUUCCCGCUUUUGCAAAUAAAUCGGAUUAAAAAAAUUUUUUUCGCAUUUUUAGAAUAUGCAGCCGUUGCCGACUAAAAUUCUGAAUUCAAAUAGAAAUUAAUGUAUAUUUACAUAUACACAAAGCGAUUUUAUUUUGAACUUUUGUAAAGCAGAGUAAUGGUUAUAUACACAAAUUAAAUCGUAUUCAGUAAAGAGGGGGGGGGGUCUCGUAGCAUAAUUUGAGCUUUCAAAUUGGAAGAUUAUUGGUUAGUGACCUAAUUCUAUGGGAGAUCCCCACUGCAGAGCACUCGAAAUUCUACAAAGGCCAAAACGCAUGUGGUGCAAGAGUUUAGAGAGGGAGCUGCCGGGCGAUCCUAUUCGUAUAACUAGUAAAUUCUUACAGCUACACUGAUAUUUUAUUUUUCUGAAAUUUGACUUCCAUCAUCACGAAAGAAAUAAUAAAAUUGCAAAUGAAUGAGUAAUAAAAUUGAAAUACUUAAAAGAAUUAUAUUUUAUAAUAUGGAAGUACCAAACAGUCGUGAAAAAAUUAAUUUGAUCCCAAAAUGUCUUCAAAAAUUAUUAAAUAAAAAAAAAUCAAUAAUCAUAAGAAAUAUCUUAGUCAACAAAAUUUUAACUCUGUAUACACAAAUAAUUUGCUUGAUAGUUCUUUAUAUAUAUAUAUAUAUAUAUAUGCAAAAUAAAUUUCUGAUGCAUCGCAAUUUUUUCCCUUCAUGAUUCUAACAUAAAUAAAUAAAUAAAAAAAUGCUCUUGUAAAAAUAUGUCAUUUGAACUAUCUGAUCCUAAAAGGAUUAAUAUAUAAAUAAAAUUUUGGAAAUUCAGCAAUGGAACUGGAAUAUGAAAUCCCUCAUCGUAUUGAAGGAGAUAAUAAGAUGGUAAAAAGAAGAUGAUUGAUAAUUAAUAAAUUAUCAUCCAAUACAUUACACAAUUUGGUGGGAAUGCUAUAAAUGUUUCAAACAGAACUUCCAUUUUUAUUUUGGUCCAUGAUGAGAGCAGUUUGAUGAAAGCUCGUGAUUUUCCUCUUUUCGAAUCUAACUCAACAGAAAUAUAAUUUCGAGUUGCUUACUUUAGAAAUAAAUUCCAUGAAAAUAUGUAAUAUAUUUUUAUGAGAAAUAUAUUCAGAAAUUUCUUGCACUUUCUUUCACAAAAACUUCCAAUAUUGGAUGCUUUAUUAAACGUUGCCCCCUGUUAUUUUCCAGUUUUUACCAAUGUGAUAAAAUCAUUCAUUUAAAUCUGGCUGAAUAUUUAAUGUAGUUUUCCUGUCAUUUUUAAAAGAAUAUUUUUGCUUGACACUAUUGAAUUUAUGACUUCCAAAUGCUUUGAAAAUCUUUCAUAUGUUAAAAGUAAAUGAAAUGUAUCAAACUGCAUUUGUUACAUGGCACUGCAAAUUGUUUAUUAUUGCAAAUAUUCAACCUUACAUGAAACACCUUUUCUGCUUUUUAUUUUUUUCAAGUGCAAUUUUGUAACUGCCAGAAUUUGUAAAUAACAUCUCACUUGCAAGAAAAAUAUCUAGUCCUUUGUUUUAUUUUCUUUCCUGAAAAUAUGUUGUUUAUUACUGUUUUUUUGUAAAUUUGUCUUUUAAAAAUAUUAUAUUUCUAUCCAUAGUUAUUAUAC